AUAUUUGUAAGCUAAAAUGUUUACGCACAAAUUGUUUAAUUUACGCUGCCGCAGUCUAAUGCGAAAAUAUGCGAGCCAAACCAGUGCAGCAGCCAGUAGUGUCCGUUUAGAGAAUGAGAAGCUCCAAAAGUAUUUAGAAAAUUUACGUGGGGAAUAUUAUGCAUUGCGAGUGAAUACAGCCGGCAAUAGCCAUGCGUAUGCCCGUAUGGCUCGCCUAGAAGGUGUUGUUAACGCCCUGGAGCGGCAGCGUGCUUUAGAGCGAAAUUUGACCAGCAAACAUGACCUAGAUAAGGAAACGGACGAAGAUAUGCGCAAGCUAAUGGAGGAGGAGAAUGAAGUGUACACGGAUUUGAUACGCAAACAGGAAGAGGUCAUAUUGCAGGAGCUGCUUUUGCUUGCCGACGACGAAAAUUAUCCUGCCGUUAUAUUUGAAGUGAAUGCCGGCGCUGGCGGUCAGGAGGCCAUGCUCUUUGCCAAAGAGUUGUAUGAAAUGUACACAAACUACUUCGAGCACAUGGGCUGGGACUUUGAAGAGUACGCUUACGAAACUACCGACAUUGGCGGGCUACGACAUGCUAACAUAAUGGUCAACGAUUCACAGGCAUACAUGUGGCUCUGUAAUGAGGCGGGAGUUCAUCGCGUACAGCGAGUGCCGGCCACUGAGAAGUCAGGGCGCAUGCACACAAGCACAGCUUCCAUUACAGUAAUACCAAGGCCAGCUGAUUUCCAGAUUAAUAUAGCUGAGAAGGACCUGAAGAUAGAGACUAAACGCGCCAGUGGUGCUGGGGGACAACACGUAAACACAACAGACUCGGCCGUCCGUAUUGUUCAUCUACCCACGGGCCUAGCCGUUGAAUCACAAUCGGAACGUUCACAGCUAAAAAAUCGUGAACUGGCUUUAAAACGCCUGCAAGCUAAACUUCUGCAACAGCAGCUUCAGAGCGCAGAGUCGAGCAAACAAGCCACGCGCAAGGCUCAACAAGGCAGUCUUAAUCGCAAUGAAAAGAUACGCACCUAUAAUUAUGUGCAGGAUCGCGUCACAGAUCAUCGCAUACAGGGCGGAACUCUGCAUAACAUCAGCGGAUUUCUUGAGGGUGGAGAUCAGCUGAGCCGCCUUAUCGAGCGCUUGCAAUUAGAACAGCGAAAGGUGAAACUGGCGUCGCUUAUAGAAAUGUGGCAGCCACCGUCAGAUGUUAACAAUUAGAACCAAAUACAGAUCGUUUAAGGAA